AGGGCUUCCAGUGACCGUGGCCUCUGGUUUGGUUCUCUGAGAAACUCUACUCUUGGCUCUGCUCUCCACUCUCCAAGCAGCCAGGGAGCCAAGGAGACGGAGAAGGGUCUCCGUAGUUGGCCAGCUGCCCUCUGUGCUGGGCCGCUGGCUCAGGAGGAACCAUGAAAUGCUGGAUUUGGAUACUAGGCCUUUUGCUGCUUCUGACCCAGAGUGGGGCCCAGCCUGAGGCUAGCAGGAGCAGGACGGAGUCCCCAGCCUUCAAUGUGACUGGAGAAAGACGUGUAGAACAAGAGACUCUAGAACCCCGAGUGUUCACCGAGGAUGGCCAGCUAUGCAGCUUUCCUUUCCGCUAUGGUGGGCGGAUGCACCAUUCUUGCACCUCUAAUGCUGGGUCCUUGAAGAAAUGGUGUGCAACCACACACAAUUAUGAUCGGGACCGGAGGUGGGGAUAUUGCAUCAUGACGCCCAAAGAGAACACAAGCAGCCUGGAUUACUGCGCCUCCAGCCCUUGCAGAAAUGGGGGGUCCUGCUCCAACUCCCAAGACUUCACUUCUUAUCACUGUGCCUGCCCUGAGGAAUUCACUGGCAAGGACUGUGAAAUGGAGAAAUGCUUUGAUGACACCCGUUAUGAGUACUUUGACAUAGAUGAAAGUUGGCCUCGAAUCCAUCAAGGGGUCGUAGAGUGGUGCAAUUGUUCCAGGGCUCACAUUGACUGUGAGAAAAUCCGGUACACAGCCUGUAUAAAUAACCCGUGCCUCCAUGACAGCGUCUGUAGAAUGAUUGUCUCCACUGGGAAGACCAUCUGUGCUUGCCAAGGGCACUACACAGGGAAAUACUGCAACAUUGUUCCUGGAGAGACCUGUUACUUGGGUAAUGGCACGGAUUAUCGAGGCAUUGCCAAGAAGACCAUCUCAGGCCAAAGCUGUUUGCCCUGGAAUUCAGACUUGCUGUAUCAGGAGCUCCAUGUGGACAGUGUGGAGAAGGCUGUACACCUGGGGCUGGGCCCUCACUCCUACUGUAGAAAUCCUGACAGCGAUGAGAAGCCAUGGUGUUACAUCAUGAAGGACAACACUCUGUCCUGGGAAUACUGCAACAUCUCAGCCUGCGUGAACAGUCCGAGGAGUGGAGCUCGAACCAACCUGGAAUUUUUCAAGGUUCCUGAGAUUUCUCAGCCCAACAGACGGGCUUGUGGGAAGCGGCACAAGAAGAGGACGUUCCUGAGGCCUCGAAUUAUUGGAGGCUCAUCCUCCUUGCCAGGAUCCCACCCGUGGAUGGCUGCCUUGUACAUUGGGGAGAGCUUCUGUGCCGGAAGCCUCAUUCACUCCUGCUGGGUGGUAUCAGCUGCUCAUUGUUUCUCCAACAGUCCACCCAAGUCAAGUGUCACAGUUGUCCUGGGCCAGCAUUUCUUCAACACAUCCACAGAUGUGACACAAUCAUUUGAAAUUGAGAAGUACAUUCUGUAUCCAUUGUACUCUGUCUUCAACCCCAGCAAUCAUGACCUUGCUCUGAUUAGGCUGAAGAAGAAGGGUGAUCGCUGUGCUACAAAGUCCCAGUUUGUCCAGCCCAUCUGCCUCCCGGACAAUGGCAUCACCUUUCCUGACAAUCACAAAUGCCAGAUUGCAGGAUGGGGACACAUGUAUGAGAAUGUUACGGGCUACUCCAGCUACUUACGAGAAGCAUUGCUUCCUCUCAUUCCUGAUCACAAAUGUAGCAGCCCCGAAGUUUAUGGUGCGGACAUCACCCCCAACAUGUUCUGUGCUGGUUACUUCGACUGCAAAUCAGAUGCCUGUCAGGGUGACUCAGGCGGGCCCCUAGCCUGUGAAAAGAAUGGGGUUUCUUACCUAUAUGGGAUCAUCAGCUGGGGCGAUGGCUGUGGCAGGUUCUACAAGCCGGGCGUUUAUACUCGAGUGACCAACUAUGUGGAUUGGAUCAAUGACAAGAUAUGGCCUCCCAAGAAAGUAACCUCUGCCACUGAUGCCUGAGUAAGCCAUGAGGAAUCCGCCUGGCCCUGCUCUGCCUCUGGACGUCACUGGAUGUAUUCUUCAUCACAAGCGUGUGGUUGCAUUGAACUAUGCUGACUCUUCGUAAGGAUAUUUUGCCAUGACAAUAAU